AUGCUGCGGGCCUGCCGCCGCCGCCGCCGCCAUCCCGCUGCCGCCGGCGCUGCUCCUCGGCCGCCUCUCGCCAUGCUGGGAGAGAGCCCGGCCGCCGCCCGGCCGCUCCUGCGAGCGGGACCCCCCCUGGCGCUGUGCUACAGCUCGGCCCUCCUGGUGCUCGCCCUCUCUGCGCUGCCCGCCGGCCGCGCCUCCCACCCCCUGCCCGGCUCCGAGUGCCAGGGCGGCGGCAAGGGGAAAGGCAUCAACUGCUCAGAGUUAAAUGUAAGGGAAUCUGACGUAAGAGUGUGUGAUGAAUCGUCUUGUAAAUACGGAGGAGUGUGCAAGGAAGAAGGCGACGGCUUGAAAUGUGCGUGUCAGUUCCAGUGUCACACAAACUAUAUUCCUGUUUGUGGAUCAAAUGGAGACACUUACCAAAAUGAAUGCUUCCUCAGGAGAGCUGCUUGCAAGCAUCAGAAAGAGAUAACAGUGGUAUCAAGAGGACCUUGUUAUUCUGAUAAUGGCUCUGGGUCAGGAGAAGGAGAGUAUGAAGGAUCUGGGACAGAAGUUCAGAGAAAACACUCAAAAUGUGGAGUUUGCAAAUAUAGGGCUGAGUGUGAUGAAGAUGCAGAAAAUGUUGGGUGUGUAUGUAAUAUAGACUGCAGUGGAUACAGUUUUAAUCCUGUAUGUGCUUCUGAUGGAAGUUCCUAUAACAAUCCGUGCUUUGUUAGAGAAGCAUCAUGUCUGAGACAAGAGCAGAUCGACAUCAGGCAUCUUGGACAUUGCUCAGAAACAGAUGACGCAAAUGUAGUUGGAAAGAAAGACGAUGGCAUGCAGUAUCGGCCAGAGGUGAAAGAUGCCAGUGAUCAAAGAGAAGACAUUUACAUUGGAAACCACAUACCUUGUUCAGAAAGCUUCAACGGCUACUGUAUACAUGGAAAAUGUGAAUUCAUUUAUUCCACUCAGAAGGCUUCCUGCCGGUGUGAAUCAGGAUAUACUGGACAGCACUGUGAAAAGACAGACUUUAGUAUUCUUUAUGUUGUCCCCAGUAGACAAAAGCUUACGCAUGUCCUUAUUGCAGCAAUAAUUGGAGCUGUACAGAUUGCCAUUAUAGUUGCAAUUGUCAUGUGCAUAACAAGAAAAUGCCCCAAAAACAAUAGAGGACGUCGGCAGAAGCAAAACCUAGGCCAUUUUACUUCAGAUACAUCAUCCAGAAUGGUUUAACUUAGUGAUUUUUAUACCUACAUUGACCAUGUGAUGUACAUUUUUAUUAUAUCUUUUUUUAAAGAAUGGAAAUAUUUAU